CCACUCGCAUUAUUUUUGAUGGGUGGUUUAUGUGUCAAAAACCUGUCUGACCAGAAAUAGAGUAAAAACUGUCCAGUAAAGUAGCGAUGGAGAUAAGUGAUGCUGUUUGCCGGGUGUGUAUGCGGGAGGAUGAGAAGAUCACCAGAUUUGAUGAUACACUGAUAGGCAUGAUACAAUUCUGCACCACGAUUGAGAUUGUGGCACAUGAUAAACUGCCCAAUGGCAUAUGUGAUCAGUGUCAGGCGGAUCUGCAUGUAGCCUAUCGCUUCCGGACAAUCUGUGAGCAAUCGAAUGAGAAGUUCUGGGAACUCCUUACUCAAUUAGAGAAUAUCGAAAUUGAGGAAGAUAGUAUAAUACCCAAAGACGAGAAAUCAGAUGAUGAAGAGGUUUCUGAGGAGAGUAUGAAGGAAGAGAUUUCUGAAGAGUGUCUAAAGGAAGAGGUUCUGUGCAUGUCAGAAAAUAUAGAAGCUCUUGGGACGAAAGUAGAGUCUAUUGUGCAGAAUACACAAGGUGCGGAGGAAAAUAUAAAAAACGAAGAAGUUCCGUCUGUUUCAGACAAUGCAGAAACUCUUCGAAAUAAAGCAAAAUACGUAGUGGAGAAUGUACAAGUUACUAAGAGAAGAGGUAGACCCCGGAAAAAUAUUUUCACAGAUCCUGAGAAAUCUAAUAGUGUGAAAGUUCAGAAAAAUUUCCAAUGUACAGAAUGUGGGAGGACAUUUACUAAGCAAAAGCUUUUGAGUCGCCACGAAAAAAGCCACAAUGUUGCAGCUAAAGAAACUAAAUCGGGAAAGAAAGUUAGAGUACGUCGGGUGGCAGUAAAAUCUGAUGAUGGUCAGCGUCCUUGUAAAUUCUGCAAGGAAACUUUUCCAUCACGUAAGGAACUCAAUGACCACAUGAACCAGCUACAUGUAAAUGAGAGACCUUAUCUUUGCUCUCAAUGUGGAAUUAGAUUUGUUCGUAAUGACUAUCUAGUGAUACACCUAAGACGUCACAAGGGCGAGAAGCCGUACACCUGUCGGUACUGUGGAAAAGGAUUCCCUAGAGCUACAGAUCUCACAGUACAUGAACGCUAUCACACCGGUGAAAAAAGUCACCUCUGCACUACUUGUGGUAAAUCCUUCCAUAGAGCCUAUAAUCUCUUGGUCCACAUGCGCGUACACACCGGUGAACGCCCUUAUCACUGUCCCCAUUGUGAGAAGAAAUUCGCCCAAGGAAAUGACCUAAAGGCCCAUAUCCGGCGUCACACUGGGGAGAGAUUCAAAUGUGACCAGUGUAGUUCCAGCUUUAUACAAGGAUACCAUUUGACGCAGCAUAAGCGACAGGCCCAUGGGAUUAUCAUAACAUCCCAUAUUAGACGCGUAGAGAAGUUCCAUCCGGAGACUGUCAAGGUGACUCUGGUGCCAGUGGGAGUAGAGACGAAUACACAGCAGGAGCUAAAAGAUGAAGCGGUAUGGGAACAAUCAAUGUAAAAGUAUCAAGAUCAUCUAACAAUAAAUCCCACAUUUUAGCACGAAA